CUGGCGUGCUACACCUGAAACUAGCCGCCGAUCAACUAGUCGUGUAGCGCCCUCAGCAUACCGCGGACACAAAGCUGUAGCGUUCCAAGCUGCCGCUGCUACUCCACUGUCUGGGACGUGGCGCCACAACGGAUGGGGGCACGUGACAUCACCGAAGAGACAAACACGUUACCAGGCGAUAAGACUUUCAUCAUAACGCUCUGCACGCCGACUCAUACACCACGCGUUGCUGGAGGUGGCUCAGUGCCUGCGUGCUGCCUCUCGUUUCUAUUUGUAUAGUGAACACGUUUUGUUGUGAUUGGUUGUGUUUGCGUUCGUCUGUCUCGCGUUGAAAGGGAGAUUAUCAGGUGACACCACACACGAGAAGGAAAAGCAACAAGAUGACGCACGAGUCUUACGAAGUUAAACCAUUUGAUGUAAAAGACCCAGACGAUGGAGGACAGGAGGAACCUAUGGCGGAGCGUCGUUUGCGACUUGCUAAACAGGUGUCGCUGGUCCUGAUGGUAACUCUGUCCUGCGUGUCCCUGGGCGCCACCCUCACCUGGCCCUCCCCCGCUGUCUCCAGCCUCGACAAGGACAACUCUACCCUGCUGGGCACAGAGAUUGUUCUCACCGCGGCAGAGAAGGACAUGACAGGCAGCCUGGUGUACCUGGGUUCGCUGUUCGGGGCGUGGGCCGCUGGCUGGACGGUGAGUCGGAUCGGGCGUCGCCGGUCCCUGCAGAUGUUGGUGGCUCCCUUUGUGGUGGGCUGGCUCGUCACGGGUCUGGCCUCCAACACCGCCAUGCUCCUCACCGGCAGGUUCAUCCAGGGCAUUGGCGGCGGCGCUGUGACCAUCGCUGGGUACGCCUAUGUUGUGGAGCUGCCCGACACGUGCAUCAGGGGCAUGAUGGCCACGCUGCCGACCCUAGGCGUGGUGCUGGGUAGUCUCUACACAGUCGCCUUCGGCUACAUCUUGCCCUGGCAUUACCUCUCCUUCGUGGGUGCCAUCCCUCCACUCCUAUUCCUGUUCACGACGUUCUUCCUGCCGGAGUCACCCUCAUAUCUUGUGAUCAGAGGGCUACGCCAACAGGCCAUCGCCAUCUUGAGGGACUUAAGGGGUAAAUAUGCUGACGUGGAGGCUGAGGUUACGGAGCUGGAGCGGAUGAACUCCACGAGCAGUGGCGGGUGGAAGGGGCUCUUGGACAAGAACAUUAUUCGCCGCAUCUGCAUCGUGGUGAUGGUCUUCUUCCUGAGUCAGAUGUGCGGCAACUUUGUCAUCAUGAUAUACACGGCGCGGAUCCUAAACGCCACGGGAGCCCCGAUCAAUCCCGACGCCAUAACGGCCAUCACUGGGGCUCUGCGGGUGGCAGGGACCAUGAUGGCCGUCUUCAUGCUUGACGUGCUCGGGCGCCGCUACUGUCUGCUCAUCUCCCACGCUAUCAACUCCACCUUCCUAUUCGUCCUUGGCACCUUCGUCUACAUGGCCGAAGCUGCUGAGCCGGACGACGAAACCUUCUCCAACCUGACGUGGGUGCCAAUGGUGUGCGUGAUGGCGACCCUCUUCUUCUGCGACAUGGGUGUCCACCCCAUCCCCUUCAUCAUCGCCUCCGAGUACUUCCCAACCAACGUUCGCGCUCAGGCCUCCUCAGUGUGCUUCUCCGCGGGCACCGUUAUCAUCUUUGCGGUGCUGCAGCUGUACAGCCCCAUGCAGGCGGCCCUCGGACAGGCGGGUCUCUUUUGGCUCUACGCCUCCACCAGCGUUGUGGGCGUUUUCUUCUCUCUGUUUGUGGUCAUCGAGACGAAGGGCAAGGCUGUGGGCUGAGGCGCACGGCAAGGUUCAGCAUCGAGCCUGAAGAAAAUAUUUGUAUUGGUGAGGUUGCAUGAACAGACGAAAUGACUGAAAUGGAGCGUCAAACUAAGGAUUAGUAAUCUCUGUAGGAGCGAAGUGAGGUUGUAACCGCUUGAAGAUCAUUGACAGUACUUAAUCUUCCAGAAACACUCGAUUUCUAUUUUUAUGUUAUUUUAUAAAAAUAAAUAUAUGAUUAAAAA